AAACUAUUCAGUCUUAUACAGUUAUACCUUAAAUGUAUUAAUGUUACGUGUUUUCUUUUGCUUGUGUAUUUACGUAUCAUACAGCAGUUUUAUUUCGAUGUAAGACGUGAAAAUAUUUUCACCAUCUUAUAUUAUCAUAAUGUCGACGUUAUCUGCGGAUAAGGAUCAAAAUACCAUUGAAACAAACUCUGUUUCGAGUAUUGAUGAACCUUUUGUAGAGUUUGAGUCUUCAGAAUUCGUUCCGACACCGCCGGAAAAAUUCAACGACGCUUUCUUGUUUGUCGUGUUAUGUCCACCUGACGGCGGUCCUUGGGCUAUAUUCACGUGCAUAUUAGGAUUCCUGGCCCUAUUGAUUUGCGACGGCGUUUGCUUAUCCUUCAUUCUGUUCGAUGGCCGUUUUGGUAUGGUCGAAAACUUGCCGUCCGGAACACGCACCUUCGAACACUUGGCCGUGAUCUAUUUGCUCCGUUACUUGACCGAACCGUUUUCAUGUGCGUACAUCAAUCUAUAUGGUUUUAGAUGUUGUUUAUUUAUUGGCAGUUUAUUGUCCAUCAUGUGGCUCACGAUGUUGUGUUUUAUUGAAAAUACAUUUACUCACGAACAUUACAUUUUGGCCAUUAUUGGUGGAAUUGGAAUGGGGAUGAUUAAAACAUCAUUCUUCGUUUUGCUGUCCGCGCUGUUUGUUGUAAGACGCCAUACGGCACAUUUAUCUCUUCAUCUAGGAAGCUUCACUGGCAUGCUAAUAAUCCCGCCUAUUACCGAAUUCCAAUUACUAUCGUCGGCAGACUUGAAAACAGCAUUGUAUACGAAUUUAGGUAUAAUGUGCUUUACACUUGUAUUCUGGUUGUUUGUAUCAACACCGGUGACGUUAAAAUUAGACAUAGACGUUAAAGAAUCUACUACCGAUUCUACUUCUCCACGAUCAAGAACCGAGACCACGGCCUGGAACAUAGAAAACUUCCACAAUAUGUAUAAAUCUUUAACUAUACAUGACACGAUCGGAAAUCGAAAAUUGUUUACAAGCAUCUUUUUAGCGAACAUGCCGAUAAUCGUGAAUGCGGAACCACUGAAGUAUGCCGUUCGAAAUUUAAACUAUUCAAAUUGGAUCUAUGAAGAAUAUCAAAAUCGUAGGUUGUGCGUCCGAAAUAUCACUAACAUGUUUAAAAACGAUUUAAUUGGCAGUCGGCCAAUGUAUAGAAAUGACAUACUCUACGACGGAAACAUUUCCUUAUUGUUGACGACCAAUACAAAGUGUACAAAAAACAAUAUUAUCAAGUAUAAUGAAUACUUAAUGGCGAUGACUCGUAUUUAUACCAUGGCUGACGUUGACGAAGAAAGAUGUAGACGGUUCAGUUUAAAAUGCCCAAUAGCCAUAAAUCGAGUUUUGAAAUGUAUGUUUAACAUGUCAAUCUGGUUCAAUGAACAAUUUCUCUUGAUGGUAGCCAGUGAGGCAUUGAUUCAUGCUGCCUGUUUGAUACCAUUCAUGUUCAUUAAAGGUCCUGUGGGUCAAAAGACGUCUGCAGAAGCCAUGAUUACUCUUAUAGCGGGCUGCUUUGGUUUGUUGUAUGGUCGAGGACUAGGUCAUGUGUUGCACGGCAGGUCACCAGACCCAGUACCUCUGUAUCAUGUUGGCCUGACAAUGAUAGCUAAUGGACUAUCGUUGCUCCUAUGCGCCACGACUAUCAAUGAGAUUUACAAUCUAGUGCCGUAUUUCGGAUUUUUUGGAAUUACUUUCGGAUAUUACAAAUCGAUUCAAAACGUAGUGCUGUACACUGCUUUUCCAACUAAGAAAUUUAACAAUGUAUGCGGACAAAUUUCAUUGGUCCGAGGUGUAUCGUCGUUUGUUGGGAUUCUGAUAGCAUUAAACAUAAUGCGACCAGGGAACGGCGGUUUGCCGGCCUCGAGCUGCGAAGGAGUAUACGUUUACGCAGGAAUACUUAUGAUGGUUGCGAGCGUUUCCAUGACCAUGUUAAAGCAAUCGGCCAACGGCAUCAAUCUGCGAUCGUCAUACUUCAAAGUAUUAGCUCCGCAUCUAUGAAGCGCGCGGUCGGUGUAGAACUUAUAAAUGUGUAUAUUUAUUACGCGACUACAAUAUAUAUAUAUAUAUAUUGAGCCUAACCUAAUCUUAAGGUACACCGACUCGUAUUAUGAUUAUAUUGUCUAACCUUCUUAAAUGUAU